AUGCAGCCCGACAGCACCCUUCAGCUGCCCACUGCCCACUGCUUAAAGAAGACGAUGCGCUACGUCUCCUCCCAUGAGCCUUUUCGAUUGCAGCAUCCUGAAGAGCGGUUCCCAGCUACUUUUGUCGCAGCAACUGGCCAUGCCAUGGACCCGCUCAGCGUCACGGCCAGCAUUAUUGCCAUAUUUCAAUUGACGGUGAAGGUCGGUGAGCGCCUGCACGAUGCUAAGGACGCUUCAACAGAGCGCAGCCAGUUCACGACUGAAACAUCGAAUCUCUCGAGCCUCCUUCUCACUCUGUUGUCCCACAUCGACGAGAGCUCCAACGAACCAUGGCACACAAAGGUCCGAGAGCUGGGCGGAAAGGAUGGCCUUGUCUACCAGUACCGAGUUGCGUUGGAGCAGCUGAAGGACAAGAUAUUAGGUGGACACGGACUAAAGAAGAUAGCGAAGACUCUCCUGUGGAAGUACAUCAAAGAGGAUGCUGAAAGCAUCCUGUUGAGGAUAGAGCGACUAAAGUCGCUCGUGCAGAUUGCGCUGCAAAUGGAUCACUUAGGCAGCGUCACUCACACCUGCAGCAAUUUGUCCCAAGCGAUCGAGAGCCGUAUGACUUCCAUGCAAAACGACAACAAGGCUAUCAAGAUAGGCGUCGAUGCCAUGCAGCAAGACCAAGACCGUCAAAGGCACCACCUUAUCAUGGACUGGCUAUCCUCGGCCGACUUUUCCGCUCAGCAAUCCGACUUCAUUGCGCGCAGGCAAGAAGAAACAGGCUUCUGGUUCCUUGAGUCCCCUGAGUUCACUGAUUGGGUUAGUGGUACAAGUCAGACGCUAUUCUGUCACGGCAUUCCUGGAGCAGGCAAGACGAUGAUGACAGCGAUUGCGGUGGAUCAUCUGCAGAAGACUGUGCAGACUGCUGACAUUGGAG